AUGGAGCCAUGGGACGAUGACAUCGUGUCUUUGCUUCCCAACUCACUCAAGGUAUAUGCGAGCAUGGGCGCAGGGCAUGACUGGAUGGACAUCCCGUUGCUCACCGAAAGAGGCAUACUCUACUGCAACGGCGGAGCCGCCUGUACCCUUGCCAUCGCGGAUGCGGCGCUUUACCUCGUCAUCUCGGUCUUCCGACACUUCAGCCUGGCCCAGUUCGGCGCGAAAACGAGCGACCCUCAAACAAAGUCGAAAACACAAAACAGACUUCGAGAAAUCAGCCAUAAUCCCGAAAAUCAUACAGUAAGAGUCGUAAGCCUGGGCCGGAUAGGAUAUCUCGUGGCGAAAAAAGUCUACUUUGGUUUGGGAGCCCACGUCGUCUAUCAUGACGUGCAACGAAGAUCGCGAGAGGACGAACAACUGAUCCAGGCUGAGUAUUUUGACUCUUUGAACGAUAUGCUGGCCGUUUCCGAUUGCGUUGUGGUGGCCGCACCUUACUUUGGCAAGCACAUCAUGGCGGCGGACCACUUCGCCAAGUGCAAGAGAGGAGCUCGGUUCGUUAUCGUGUCUCGUGGUCAACUGAUGGACGAGGCGGCCUUGGUCGAAGCUCUGAAAUCUGGUCAGCUGUUUGCGUCGAGCCUAGAUGUCUACGAGAACGAGCCCAAUGUGCAUCCGGAGCUGGUGAAGAUGGACAAUGUAAUCAUAAUGCCUCACUGUGCUGGAGGGUCUGUCGAGUCGACGACAGGAUUCGAACGGUUGUGCAUGGAGAACGUCGAGUCUUUCUUCUCCACCGGAAAGGCUGUGACACCAGUCAAUCCGGAAGUUUCGAAUUAG